AUGUUUCCAAAGUCAAUCAUAAACACGCUGGCUGCUGGACACCCUCUGGGCACUGCAGCUGCCCAGUCUGAACCUACUGAGCCGGUCCCCAAAAGACCCGCGCCGUUCCCCGCGUGGAGUGCCAUUGACAACGCCAAAAGCAAAGCUGAUGCAAUCGCCCACGAAGCAGAUCGCGAAUUCAAUCUGGCAAGCAAGAAAGUCCAAGAGAGGACAGGCAAGAUCGAGCCUGGCUCUCUCAAGUAUUAUGCAUCAUGCACCUUUGGUGGUAUGCUCGCGUGUGGCCUAACCCACACCGCUGUGACACCUCUUGACCUGAUCAAAUGCCGUCGCCAAGUCGACCCCAAGCUCUAUCAGAGCAAUAUUCAGGCUUACCGGACCAUCCGUGCUGCCGAGGGUUUCCGAGGUAUUUUCACUGGCUGGAGCCCUACUUUCUUCGGAUACAGCGCCCAAGGUGCCUUUAAAUAUGGAGGCUACGAGUUCUUCAAGAGCUUCUACAGCGACCUCGUUGGCCAGGAGAAUGCCCACAAAUGGAAGACCUCCCUGUACCUGACAGCCAGUGCUUCGGCCGAGGUCAUUGCCGAUGUAGCUCUGUGUCCAUUCGAGUCUGUCAAAGUGCGCACGCAAACUACCAUUCCUCCUGAUAUCCGGGGCACGUUCAGUGGUAUCUCCGAUGUUGUCGCCAAAGAGGGUGUGGCCGGUCUCUAUAAAGGCCUCUACCCCCUCUGGGGCCGUCAGGUUCCAUACACCAUGAUGAAGUUCGCAUCUUUCGAAACAAUUGUCGAGUUGAUCUACCGCCAGCUGCCAGGCCACAAGGCCGACUACAACAAGGGUGCCCAGACUGCUGUUGCCUUCACCGGUGGUUACCUAGCUGGUAUCCUGUGUGCUGUGGUAUCGCAUCCUGCCGAUGUGAUGGUCAGCAAAUUGAAUGCCAAUCGCCAGUUCGGUGAGGCAUUUGGUGCCGCUAUGAGUCGGAUCUAUGGAGAUAUUGGAUUCCGGGGAUUGUGGAAUGGAUUGCCUGUUCGAAUUGUGAUGAUUGGUACUUUGACUGGUCUGCAGUGGAUGAUCUAUGACUCCUUCAAGAUCUUCAUGGGUCUCCCUACUACCGGAGGCUCGGGUGAGGACAAGAAGAAGGACUACAAGUACAAGUACAAUGGGUGA